UCUUAUUUUAUCCAGAGUCCAGACUGAACAAAAGUUCAAUUGACAAUUGAUGGCUGUUAUUGUUGUUGUAAACGUCAAAUGAAUUGAAUGAGAACCACAACAUCAAGUUACAAACCGACAUUGCGUUGAUGAUGAAAUCAUUGCUGCUUUCUGCGUUCUUUUCAUUGUCACUUUUGCUCCCCUCUGUCUCGGCGCUUUGGCCAAUCCCAUCAAAUUACAGCAACGGGACGUCUGUGGUCUGGCUCAGUCCCGAUGUGCGGUUUGAUAUCAAUGGAGUAGGGGAUAAUAAUCAAAGUAACAAUCAGAAUGAGAAUGAAGACAAGCCCAAUGACAAGGGCAAGAACCAAAACAGCAGCAGUCAUGACUCCGACUCCAGCCAAGACAACUCAAAUCCUGCUUCUGCUCACGCCGUCGUCCAAGCGGCCGUGGACAGGGCAUAUUAUACCAUCUUCACCGAAAACUUUAUCCCCUGGAAAUUCCACCCGCGGCACUCUGACUUUGAACCCGCCGUGACCGACGGCAGGGUAUUUAUCAAGACUGUCAGCAUCUACCAAAACCAGACUACCUCAUCAUCAAAUUCCUCCUCCGACAACAACAACCUCUUCCACCCUACCGACGGCGAACUGGACGAAUCCUACACCCUCCUCGUGACCGCCGACGGCGCUGUCAACAUCACCAGCGUCACACCCAUUGGCAUCCUGCGCGCGCUGGAAACCUUCACGCAGCUCUUCUACCAACACUCCCACCGCGGCGCGGGCGUCUACUCGCCCUACGCCCCCGUCACCAUCUCCGACGCCCCCGUCUUCGUCCACCGCGGGCUCAACAUGGACGUGGCACGCAACUACUACACGCCCAAGGACAUUAUGCGCACCAUCGACGCACUCUCCUACAACAAGAUGAACCGACUGCACCUGCACGCCACCGACGCGCAGUCCUGGCCCCUGGAAAUCCCGUCCCUGCCGGACCUCGCCCUCAAAGGCUCCUACCGCACAGGCUACACCUACUCGCCCGACGACCUGGCCGAGAUCCAGACCUACGGCGCGUACCGCGGCGUCGAAGUCUACAUUGAGAUCGACACGCCCGGCCACACCGCCUCCAUCUGGUUCGCCUACCCGGAACUCAUCACCGCGUUUAACGUCCAGCCGGACUGGGACACCUACUCUGCCGAGCCGCCCUCGGGCCAGCUCAAACUCAACUCCACCGCCGUGACGCAAUUCAUCGACGCCCUCUUCGCCGACCUCCUGCCCCGCGUAUCGCCCUUCAGCAGCGCCUUCCACACCGGCGGCGACGAAGUCAACGUCAACGCGUACCUCCUUGACGACACCGUCCAGUCCAACUCCACCACCGUCAUCCAGCCCCUGCUCCAGGACUUUGUGUCAAACAUGCACGCCCGCAUUCUCGCACAGGGCAUGACGCCCCUUGUCUGGGAGGAAAUGCUUCUCGUCUGGAACCUGACUCUCGAUUCCUCCGUUAUCGUGCAGACAUGGCUCUCCGACGCCUCCGUCGCAGACACGGUGAGCAAGGGACACAAAGCCCUAGCGGGAAACUACAAUUACUGGUACCUCGACUGCGGAAAAGGCCAGUGGCUCGAUUUCUAUGGUCCCGCGCAGAGCUCGUUUUGGCCGUACGCGGAUUACUGCUCCCCGACGAAGAACUGGAGAUUAGUAUACUCGUAUGAUCCCCUAGCGGGGGUGCCUGAUAAUGCAACUCAUUUGGUGCUCGGCGGCGAGGUGCAUAUCUGGAGCGAGCAGACCGAUCCGGUCAUUCUCGAUAGUAUGCUCUGGCCCCGUGCGGCGGCCGCGGCGGAGGUGCUGUGGUCGGGCGCGAAAGAUGCGCAGGGCCAGAAUCGAAGCCAGGUCGAGGCGAGCCCGCGGCUGGCGGAGAUGAGGGAGCGGCUGGUCGCGAGGGGCAUUGGUGCCGGGCCGGUGCAGAUGGUGUUUUGUACGCAGAAUGGAACCCAGUGUGCGUUGGCAUAGUCUGGUGGUUGCUUUUAAUUAUCCAUUAUUUCUUUUUGUUUCCCCUCCUGUUUGCAUUUCUUCUUUUCUUGCUCUUUUUUGUCCAUUAUUUUAUUUUCCCACCCCCUUGUCAUCCCUCUCUUUUAUCCAUUAUUUACUUUCCCGCCUCCUUGUCAUCCCUCUUAUUCAUCCAUUGUUUUCUUCCACACCCCCCUUCUUUUCUUAUUCUUUCCU